AUGUCCCCGCGGCAGCAGACCUCCCUCCUCUCGCGGCAGCGCUGCUGGCGCCGCGCCCGGGACCUCUUCAACCGCCUGCGCGCGCUCUCCGGGUACGUCCCCAACCCCGUCCACGACGCCGUCCUCCUGCGGCACCUAGCUCGCGCGCGCCGGUGGGACGUGCUCCACCGCGCCUGGCUCGGGAUGGUCCUCCCGCCCUCCAACCCGGCAUACGCAGCCCUCGCCGACGCGCUCGCCAAGGCCGGGUUGGCGCGGGGGGCCCUCCUGCUGCUCCGCCACAUGCGGGCCCGGGGCGUUGCGCCUGAUGAGGUGUCCAUGAACACCUUCGUCCGCAUCCUCAAGGACGAGGGCCGCUACGACGACGCGCUCGCUCUCUUCUACAAUUGGUGCGACGGCAGGUUCGAGGUCGAUUUCGUUGAUCUUGACUGCAUCACGGUUGAUUCGGACGGUCCUAUGCAGUUCUUGCUUGCUGACAUCUGUGACGACAAAUUUGCUGGUGGUGGUGGUGCACCAGCCAUGGAGGGACAGGAGCGUCCUAGGAAGCCGAAGCUUGUGGUGACAUAUAACACGUUGAUUGAUCUCUAUGGGAAAGCUGGGAGGCUGAAGAACGCCCUGGACAUGUUUCUGGACAUGCCUGCUCAUGGGGUUAUGCCAGAUACAUAUACGUUCAAUACACUAAUCAACAUAUUUGGGUUAUCUGGCAAUUCAGCGCAGGCAGAGGUGCUGUUUGCUAGCAUGGUGGUUAGGGGUGUCAAGCCUGAUACUAAGACAUACAAUGUAAUGAUGACUGUGUUUGCAUCAAUUGGGGAUUUAGAGAGAGUUCUGAAGUACUACUGUCAAAUCGGGAAGGCAGGCUUACAUCCUGAUGCUGUGAGCUAUAGGAUUUUGCUGCAGGUGCUAUGUGAGAGGAAGAUGGCACGCGAAGCAGAAGAUGUGAUUGAAGGGGUUCUCAAUUCCGGCAGUUUUGUUCAUGAGCAGUCCCUGCCUAUUGUCAUGAAGAUGUAUGUUGAUCUAGGAUUGCUUGAUGAGGCGACUGCAUUCUUUGAGAGGCAUUGCCGAGGUAACGGGGUCUCAUCCAAGAACUUUAGUGCGAUCAUGGAUGCUUUUGCAGAGAAGGGUCUGUGGGAAGAAGCUGAGCAUAUCUUCUGCUCUGAAAGAGGAGUUGAGAAUGAGAAGGACAUUGUGGAAUAUAAUGUGAUGAUAAAGGCUUAUGGUCAGGCAAAGCAGUAUGACAGAGUCUCUUCUCUGCUUGAGAGCAUGGAGGAAUCUGGUGUUUCAUCAGAUGAGUGCACAUAUAAUUCUUUGAUUCAAAUGUUUUCUGUUGGUGGAUUUCCGCACAGAGCUAAGAAGCUGUUAGGUAAAAUGAAAGAUGCAGGAUUUGAACCAAAAUGUGAGACAUACUGUGCCGUCAUUAGAAGUUAUUCUCGCCAUUGCUUGGUACCAGAGGCCAUAGAUCUGUUCAAUGAAAUGAAGACCUCAGGUGUUGAGCCGAAUGUUGUUGUUUAUGGAGUUUUGAUUGACAUGUUUGCAGAGACAGGGAAUGUUGAGGAAGCACUUCACUAUAGUAACCUGUUGGAACAAUCUGGAAUCUCUCCGAACCAUAUUGUCCUAACAUCUCUUAUAAAAGCCUACAGCAAAUUUAAUUCCUGGAAGGAAGCACAGGAUUUGUAUUCAAGGAUGAAUGACAUGGAUGGCGGCCCUGACAUCAUUGCCUCCAAUGCCAUGCUAAACCUUUAUGCAAAACUUGAGAUGGUCACUGAGGCAAAAGAAAUCUUUGACAGCUUAAGAAGAAAUAGUCGUGCUGAUGCUGUUUCAUACACUACCAUGGCAUAUCUCUACAAGAGCAUGGGCUUGCUUAGUGAGUCAAUUAGGAUUACACACAAAUUACAAAAGUCAGGCUUACUAUUUGAUUGUGCUUCAUGCAAUGCUGUUAUGGCAUGUUAUGGGGCUAAGGGCAACCUUAGAGACUGUGCAGAGUUAGUGCAUCAAAUGGUAUUGGCUAACAUCCCACCAGAUGCGUCAACAUUUGGAAUGAUAUUUUCUCUACUGAAAAAUGGUCAUGUUUCAACAAAAGAAGUUUUACAGCUAGAAUCAGUAUAUAAUGAUGGCAAGAAGUCUGCCAAGCAAGCUGUUGUUGCAUUCUUGUUCUCCAUAGCUGGCAUGCAUGCUGCUGCAUUAGAGAUUUGCGAGAAAAUGUUAAUGCCACAGUGGACAAUGGAUGCAUGUGCAUAUAAUGUUUGCUUCAAGGUCUAUGCUUCCUGUGGGAAGGUGGAAAAAGCUUUCGGUUUAUUCAUGCGGAUGCGUGAUCUGGGUCUCAAGCCAGACACAUCUACUUGCAUCCAUUUGGCCACUUGUUAUGGGAGACCUGGAGCAUUGGAAGGCCUACAGACAAAUGGUUUUAUUGAAUACAGAAAUAAUGAGCCUAUUAUGCCCUCGCAUACUACACUGGUUUCUUAUGUAGAGACUGGAAAAAAUAAUGUUGCAGUUCAGUUAGUCAAGAAAUGA